AUGGGUUCUGUCAAUGGGUUGAUUUGUCUUCUCAUUGGGCUGGAUCGCUUGGUUCUGUGGAAUCCAUCAACUAGAAAGUUCAAGCAACUGCCUGACCUUAUGCCUAAGCACACGGAUGAUUACAACUUCAAUUACGGUUUUGAAUAUGAUGAGGUUCAUGAUGAUUAUAAGGUAGUGGGUAUUUUCUGUACACCCACUCAUGGCUAUGUCUGUGUAUAUAGUUUAAAAACCGAUUCUUGGAGAAGACUUGGUGAUAUGCAAGGAGGGUUGUUAUACCAUCGUUCGGCUAAGUUGGUGCAUGGGAAGUUUCACUGGGUAACAAUGCAUGCUGAUGGUUCGGUUGCGUCUAUUGAUUUGGUUGAGGAGCGUGCUGAUGGUUGGGGCAUUACGUCUAUUGAUUUGGUUGAUGAGAAGUGUCGAAAGGUGGAGCUACCCCGCUGCAGAGGAUACUUUUAUUUGACGCCUGGAGUGUUGGGAAGUGAACUUUCUAUGCUUUGUAAUUAUGAUAGAACUCGAGAUGAUGUGUGGGUUAUGAAGGAGUAUGGGGUUAAAGAGUCUUGGAAAAAACUGUAUACCUUCAGUUAUCCUAAUGUGCUUAAGAACUGGAGUAUAUGA